UGACCUUCUAACCUUGAAGGGGUGAAGGUGAUUGGCACGUCUUCAUCGUCUACACUAACACUCUUGUUCGGUCUGGUUGUCGGCGGUCGUAAGAGCUCUCUUGAAAUUCACUAAGUUAUAAUCAGUUAUUAACAAUGGCUUUGAAUAAAAUUGAGUAUUGAUAAACUAAGUUUGGCAGGCAAGAGGGUUUUCAUGAGAGUUGAUUUCAAUGUGCCAUUGAAAGACGGUAAGAUCACCAAUAAUCAGCGCAUUGUAGCAGCUCUUGAGACCAUCAAGUAUGCUCUGGACAAGGGAGCCAAGUCCGUGGUUCUGUGCUCACACUUGGGGCGACCAGACGGCAGCAAGAUCCUCAAGUUUACCCUGGCCCCUGUCGCUGAGGAGCUCAAGACACUGCUCAAAAGGGAGGUGGUGUUCCUGCCAGACUGUGUUGGACCGGAGGUAGAACAGGCCUGCGCUGACCCCAAACCUGGCACUCUUAUUUUGCUGGAGAAUCUACGCUUCCAUGUAGAAGAGGAGGGCAAGGGUGUUAAUCCUGCCGGUGAAAAGAUCAAAGCCACCCCAGAGAAUGUCAAGGCAUUCAGAGAAUCUCUGAGAAAACUUGGUGAUAUUUAUGUGAAUGAUGCUUUUGGCACAGCCCAUCGAGCUCACAGCUCCAUGUUGGGAGAGGGUUACGAUCAGCGAGCUUCUGGUUUUCUUCUUAAAAAGGAGCUCACUUACUUUGCAAAAGCUCUGGAAAAGCCAGAGAAGCCAUUCCUUGCCAUUCUUGGUGGAGCCAAGGUUGCUGAUAAGAUCCAGCUAAUAGAGAAUUUACUUGACAAGGUGCAGGAAAUGAUCAUUGGAGGAGGAAUGGCCUUCACAUUCCUCAAGGAGCUGAAGGGAAUGCAGAUUGGAAGCUCAUUGUAUGAUGCUGAGGGUGCUAAGAUUGUUAAGAAUUUGAUGGCCAAAGCUGAGAAGAACGGUGUAAAGAUGCAUCUGCCUGUUGACUUUGUGACGGGAGACAAAUUCGCAGAGAAUGCAGCUGUAGGUGCAGCUACCGUGGAAAGUGGCAUACCUGAUGGCUGGAUGGGUCUGGAUGCUGGACCCAAGUCUUCCGAACAGUUCAAGGAGGUCAUUGGCAGGGCCAAGACUAUUGUAUGGAACGGGCCAGCAGGUGUGUUUGAGUUUGAAAACUUCUCAAAGGGCACAAAAACUUUAAUGGAUGCUGUGGUGGAGGCCACUCAGAAGGGAGCCAUCACCAUCAUUGGUGGAGGUGAUACUGCUACUUGUGCAGCCAAGUGGAACACUGAGGACAAGGUCAGCCACGUCAGCACUGGUGGAGGUGCCAGUCUUGAGCUGUUGGAAGGUAAAACAUUGCCUGGAGUGGCAGCAUUGAGUGAUGCUUAAAUGCGAGUGAGAAUUAUGACAGCAACUACUGCCCUCUUCUCCUGUUCAGAAGAACUAGCAUAGGUUGUAUGCAAAGUGUUAGCAGAAUUGAUUCAGUGUUGUACGGACAUAAUUUAUUAAUAUAUUGAUAGAUAAAUUUUCCCCUAAAUAUUAAACUUGUUACCAAAAAUGUUAUUAUUUUGUUAAAAAAGGAAAUAUACUUGCAUUCCAAGAUGUUAA